AAAAAUGAAUUUCCUUUGAUUUUUAGAUACAAAACCCAUCAUGGAUCUCGAGCGUCUAAGCCCAAGAAAUCCAAUCAAGAGAGAAUCUUGGUGGACGGUUCUGACUUUAGCUUACCAGAGCUUAGGUGUAGUCUACGGAGAUUUAGCAACUUCACCAUUGUAUGUCUACAAGAGCACUUUUGCUGAAGACAUAACACAUUCAGAGACAAACGAAGAGAUCUUUGGUGUUCUGUCUCUUAUCUUCUGGACAUUAACUUUAAUCCCUCUUGUUAAAUACGUCUUUAUUGUUCUUCGUGCUGAUGAUAAUGGAGAAGGUGGGACUUUUGCUCUCUACUCUUUGUUAUGUCGCCAUGCUAGAAUCAGCUCUUUGCCCAAUUUCCAGCUCGCUGAUGAGGACCUUUCUGAGUAUAAGAGAACUUCCGGGGAGAAUCUGAGGAGUUUAAAAGUUCCGGGGUGGAGUUUGAAAAACACUCUGGAGAAGCAUAAGUUUCUGCAGAACAUGUUGCUUGUUCUUGCUUUGAUUGGGACUUGUAUGGUUAUUGGUGAUGGUGUUCUUACGCCUGCAAUCUCUGUUUUCUCAGCAGUCUCUGGAUUAGAGUUAUCCAUGUCCAAGCAGCAACAUCAAUAUGUGGAGGUGCCUGUGGUCUGUGCAAUACUGAUACUCCUGUUCUCGCUACAACACUAUGGAACACAUCGUUUAGGUUUUGUUUUUGCUCCCAUUGUGCUUGCAUGGCUUCUCUGCAUAAGCACCAUUGGUGUUUACAACAUCUUCCAUUGGAAUCCUAAUGUUUACAAAGCAUUGUCUCCUUAUUACAUCUACAAGUUCCUCAAGAAAACUCGUAAACGCGGAUGGAUGUCUCUCGGUGGCAUCCUUUUAUGCAUUACAGGCUCAGAAGCUAUGUUUGCUGAUCUAGGACACUUCACUCAGUUGUCAAUACAGAUUGCAUUCACAUUCGCUGUUUACCCGUCGCUAAUCCUUGCAUACAUGGGUCAAGCCGCGUAUCUAUCUAAGCACCAUGUCCUCGAGAGUGAUUACCGGAUUGGAUUCUAUGUUUCUGUACCCGAGCAAAUAAGAUGGCCAGUUUUAGCAAUUGCUAUAUUGGCGGCUGUUGUUGGAAGUCAGGCAAUAAUCACAGGAACAUUCUCGAUCAUCAAGCAAUGUACUUCUCUAGGUUGCUUCCCAAAAGUCAAAAUCGUACACACUUCGUCGAGAAUGCACGGUCAGAUAUAUAUCCCUGAGAUCAAUUGGACUCUCAUGCUCUUGUGCUUAGCCGUCACCGUUGGAUUCCGCGACACCAAACACAUAAGCAAUGCCUCAGGUUUGGCGGUUAUUACCGUUAUGCUGGUAACGACUUGCUUGAUGUCUCUGGUAAUAGUCUUAUGCUGGCGCAAAAGCUCCCUCUACGCGCUUGCCUUCAUUUUCUUUUUCGGAACAAUCGAAGUUCUCUACUUCUCAGCUUCACUCAUUAAAUUCCUCGAAGGUGCUUGGGUUCCAGUCGCCCUCUCCUUCAUCUUCCUCCUCAUCAUGUACGUUUGGCACUACGGAACCCUUAAGCGUUACGAAUUUGACGUCCAAAACAAAGUCUCGAUCAACUGGCUCCUCACACUCUUCGGCUCCUCAAACCUCGGAAUUGUCCGAGUCCAGGGAAUCGGGGUGAUCAACACUGAGCUUGUCUCCGGCAUACCAGCUAUCUUUUCUCAUUUCAUCACUAACCUCCCGGCGUUUCACCAAGUUGUCGUCUUCCUCUGUGUGAAAUCUGUCCCUGUCCCGCAUGUGAAACCGGAGGAACGGUUUCUCGUUGGAAGGGUCGGACCGAAGGAGUACCGCCUCUACCGGUGUAUAGCCCGGUAUGGAUACCGCGAUGUACACAAAGACGAUGUCGAGUUUGAGAACGACCUCAUUUGCAGUAUCGCGGAGUUUAUUCGUUCGGAUAAACCAUUGAAUUACUCCCCGGACCCGGAAAACGAAUCUGGAACAAGUGAGAGGCUAACUGUCGUCGCGGCCUCUUCAUCCAAUCUUGAAGGCGUACAAAUAUUUGAAGACGAUGGUUUUGACAAACAAGAACCAUCAUCUUCUUCGGAGGUGAUCGUGGUUGCUCCAUCUCCGAGAAUCAAGAAAAGGGUACGGUUUGUGUUACCAGAAAGUGCGAGGAUAGAUAGAUCCGCGGAGGAGGAGCUAACAGAGCUCACAGAGGCGCGUGAGGCAGGAAUGGCGUUUAUAAUGGGACAUUCGUAUGUGAGAGCAAAAUCGGGAUCAAGCGUGAUGAAGAAGAUCGCUAUAAACUUUGGCUACGAUUUUCUAAGAAGAAACUCGAGAGGACCUUGUUAUGGUCUCUCUACUCCUCACGCUUCUACUUUAGAAGUUGUUUCAGCUAAACCUCCUCCUGUUAAGAUUGUAAGUGGGCUUGUGACAAAUGUAGCAUCAAUACUCUGGAAAUGGUUAUGGUCUCUUCAAACAUCCUCAACCACAACAACCACCACAAAAUCUGGUGUUUCUAGCCGUUCGAUGGUGAAAUACGAAAGUGGAUAUAACAUCGAGACAGUGUUUGAUGGAAGUAAGCUUGGGAUUGAGCCCUAUGCAAUUGAAGUUUCCCCUAAUGGAGGAGAGCUUAUUGUCUUGGAUUCUGAGAACAGUAACAUCCACAAAAUCUCCAUGCCUCUUUCUAGAUAUGGUAAACCAAAGCUAGUCUCUGGUUCACAAGAAGGCUACACAGGACACGUCGAUGGAAAGCUCAAAGAAGCGAAAAUGAAUCGUCCUCGAGGAUUAGCCAUCGACGACAGUGGAAACAUCUACGUCGCCGAUACUAACAAUAUGGCCAUACGCAAGAUCAGCGACGACGGAGUCUCUACCAUCACCGCCGGAGGAAGAUGGAGCGGUGGAUCUAAAGAGGAGUCAAUGAGAUUCUCCGAUGACUUUGAUUUGAUCUAUGUCUCUUCAAGCUGCUCUCUAUUAGUCAUUGAUCGAGGAAAUCAAAUGAUUAAAGAGAUUCAGCUUCAUGAUCACGACUGUUCUCAUCAGGAACCCGACACAGAUAAUCUCCAUCUUGGAACAGCUUUGCUUGUAGCUGCUGUGUUCUUUGGAUAUAUGUUUGCAUUAUUAGUACGUAGAGUACGAUCGUUGUUCUCUUCCUCUGGUCAUGAUAAUAAGAGGCAUGUUGCAAAACCGAGCAUGACUAUGGCUCCAUACCAACGUUAUCCCAGACCGGUUCGACAGCCCUUAAUCCCACCUCAACAUGAACCGGAAAAAGAAGAAGGAUUUCUCGGUUCGCUUGGAAAGCUAGUCGUGAAAACCGGUUCUUCGGUUUCCGAGAUGAUGUCCGGUUCCAGAAAUGUAAUUUCCCCUAACUUUCAUCAGUACCACCAUCAGCAAGAACCGAACCAAUGGCCGGUACAAGAGAGCUAUGCUAUACCGGAAGAAGAUGGACCGCCGGCUUUAGAACCGAGAUCAGGCACAAAUCCGGAUAAACCCUACCUUAGAGCACAAGGAACCAGCCAAAACCGGUCUUAUUACCAAGACUAUGACCAAUACCAAAACCAGCCCAAACGAAACGUGAACGAUACAGCGUCGUUCGAAGAUAAUCGAGAGAAGAACGAGAUUGUGUUUGGGGCAGUUCAGGAGCAAGACGGUCGCCGAGAAGCCAUGGUGAUCAAGGCCGAAGCCAUAAACGAUCAGCGAAAUCUACGGCCUAGAAUUAAUUAUAUGGGAUAUUCUUCUCAAGUUUACUGAUUUUACAAAGUCAAAUUUUCAUAAUUUACUUAGAGCGUGUGUAAUAUAUUAUCUUUAAUUUC